UUUAUGUCGGUUGCGCGUGCCCUCUCCCCCUUCCCCCCUUGCCAGACUAAGAAGUAUCUCUUUUAAGCAUUCCAUUCCACGCAGGAGUCGGGACCUGAUAUGCUUGAGGUUGAUUCCCCUUUGUUGUUGUCAUUAGCAUUCUGGUAUCUGUCUCGGUGCUACGCUGCCUGCCUGUCAAUACCUUACCAAAUCAUCCACACGCACUACCCACCAUCACCAUCACCACCCUCACCAGUGCACCACCACAAACCUACACACCAUCAUCAACAGGUUGCCCUGGAUAGUUUCACUCGGAAUUUUCUUUGCAACCACCUCGACGAACGCACAAAUCAACGAGGCUGCCACCAAGCCUACUUAGCUCGAGUCGCCUGUCUGCGCCUCUGGUCCCCGGUUCCCCCCUCGCGUCCGUGGAAGCGCAACGGCACUUACACGAAACUAUUCUCGACCUGUUACCUAGCUCUUCGCCUCGCUUCACUCCCACCUCAAAGAGCCGCCCUAUCUAGUCAUCAGGACCGUCCUUUUACUACCAACCGCCCCAAAUGACUCCCUACUUUGACGUCUCCCAUCUUCCCUCCUCAACGUCCUUCUACUCCGCCAUUUUCCAAUCUCUGGGCAUCCACUAUAUAUCCACGGAUUCCCAGACCGCUCCCCCGGACGCCAGCGCCAGCGCCAACGAAGGCGCCGACACCGACUCCAAGACAGCCAUCACCACUUCAGGCCCUGGCAGACUUCCCAGCACCGUCACAUACGGUAUACUAUCCCCGCUCACCCCCAUUUUCCAGAUCCGCGAGGCCCGCAAUUCCAGCGAGCCCCUGAAGCUCUCUCGCGCCGUCUUUUCUGCUUCCUCCCCCACCGCUGUCACCGACUUCCACGCCUUUGCCGUCCGGGCCAAUCCGAACCUGCUGUCCAGCGUCCCGGCUGAUCACUUCACUCGUCCCGCUUUAAUCACUCAAAGUGGCGAUAUCCACCGGGCUACUGUGACCGACUUGGACGGUAACACCAUGGAAGUUGUAUAUCAACCCCCUCCCAACUAUCCUCCCUCCUACGCUGGCUCUACUGUUCGAAAGACACAGUCUACCACGGAGGAGGCUGGCCGCAUUCUGGAUUGGAAUUACGACGUUGCAGCAUCCGAGCCCCCGCCGCCGCCUUCUGUUUCCGGUUCCGCUGCUGCCGGGACCUUUUCAUCAGUCUUCGCCAUGGCCGCUCGCUCUGGGUCAUUUCCCGGUAACGAACCUCCUUACACAAUGCUUCGUCGAAGCGUCACCACCUCGGUCAUCGAAUCGCCAACCAAAAGAGACGAAACCCCAUCUCAGCCCUCUCCAUCGAGCGGUGGCAUCGCCACAAACACCCUUGUCGGAAGUCUUCUAGGUGCAGCCGUUGGUGCCGCCGCCGGCGCUGCCGUCACCUACGGAAUGAUGCGCAAGGAUCGUGCACGAGCUCCGCGCCAGGAGUUUGACGGCUCCGGAGCCGCGCCUCCGUUUCAACGCCGUUCCACCUUCCCCGAUCAAUAUACCGAUCCGCAGGCCGGACGUUAUGUCGAAGUCGAGAGGACCGUCGAGAAGAUCCGGUACCCAGAGGCGUACCCGGCACUAUCGGACAACCGAGCACCUCCCCAGUACAUGGCCAAGUACAGCCAGGUCGGCGCUCGCAGCCGUGCCGCAGAUGACUUGUACGACGACACCCGCAGCCGGCACUCGUCUCGCUAUCAGCUCGAAAGAGGCAGCAGUGUUCGUUCUCGCAGCCAAGCCGCCGUUCCCCGAACCGCCCCCCUUAUGCUCACUGAUUACGAGCACCAAAGUAACGCAGGCUCAAGACACAGCAUGGCCGGCAGGUCGGCCGUGCCCCGCACCAUCGUUGACGAUGCCGGCACCUACGUCUCAGCCCGAAGCGGGAGGUCUCAAUCCACCAUCCGUCCGCCCCCGCCCACUGUUGAGACGAUAUUGGGCGGGCGGAGCCAAGCACCUAGCCGUGCACCCAGUCGCGCGCCGACUAUGGCCCCGAGCCUUGUCCCGAGCCGCGCACCCACCAAGGCGCCGAGCAUGGCACCGAGCAAGGCGCCGAGCAGGGCGCCUAGCAGGCCUCCGACUGUUGUACGUAGCAGAGCUCCUACUGUGGCACCCAGCCGAGCUCCGAGCAUGGCACCCACUCAGGCGGCGCCGGCUACUGUUGUCCCUAGCAAGGCACCCAGCAGAGCACCGAGCAGAGCUCCAACCAGAGCUCCAAGUAGAGCCCCAACGGCAGUUCGAAACACUCAACCCGUCUUCGCCUACCCCCCUGCCACGCGAGCACCGACCUAUGUGUCAGCACGCGGCCCUCCUCCGCCAAAGAGCCGCAUUGACAGUGGCCGUAGUGCUUGGGAAGAUGACGCCAUCAGCGUAGCACCAAGUGAUAGCAUCAGCUGUAUCGGCAGCAAGACCAGCAGGCGUCAAUAUCAUUGACGAGAUGGAGAAGUGCAGUGGAUUGUCUUCCACCGGAAUGUUUUGGUACAGCUGUUGAAGCUGGCAAGACUUCCAAAGUCGAGCGACUCAAAAUUAUGAACAGAUUACUCGGCCGCACAGCACGAGUGCCGAUGUUAUUGCAAUAUACAUUUCUUAUUUAGAGGCUGUCUUUCACGAUUUAGGCGCGGAUACGGAUGCAUGGCAUGGCAUGACAGUUGUUCUAUUUAUAAGGGACGAUGACCAGAUGAGGCUGAAGCCGGGUCAAUGGGGAUACGAUUGUGACAUAUGGGGGUCAUGUUGAGACACUUUUGCUUGCUUGUGGACUGUUCAAGGUUGAGAUAGAUACUAGAAAAGCUCUUCACAAGGCUGAUCUCGCUGACAUGGGCAUCCACGGAGGUCUACCAACUUCUUGAAUGCGUAUAAGUGUUUUCUUGUCUUGGGCCAAGUUUAUGGAAAUGCUAGACCGGUGCCGACUCGUGUUCCUCAGCUCUUGGUAAAUGGAUAGUCUGGUUGGAUGACAGGCUGGACCAAAGCUUUGGACUGUUUGGUUAUCAUCGUCACCAACAGAA